CAAUCUAAUACCACACCAACGCCGUGCAGGGUAAUAUCAAUGGUAGCAGAAUUGCCUCUCUCUGUCUCUCUCUCUCCCGCCAGCUUCAACAGUUGCAGGAACAAUCUCAGCAUUUCACAAUCCCACGUAGACAACGAACAUCGCCCAUCAUGGUUGUAGUUCGGCGACGCAAAGGCCUUUCACCACGCUAUCUCACCUUCCGUCACGCCCGAUGCCUCCUGCGCCGCCAGGGCCUGCUCUCGUGUGAUUCUGAGUACAUUCAGCCAGGCCACCAGAGACUUCGCUCCUACCACGUCCCGGGACUGGUAGGUGGCGAAUAUACUAUCACUACCGAACAAACAGUCACCCCCCCAGGUGGGCAGGGAACAACCUUGGAAAGUCAGCAAACCUUCUAUGUCGACACCCCAGAGUUUCAACUGCCAGAAGACAUCAUCCACUCGGUCUAUCCUCCCCAGGGCCACGAAGAGUGGGUGACGUCCCUGCCUCAUAUAAUUUUCAACAAGCCGUCGUUGCCCUGGGACUGGGCAGCAAGCCGGGACGAGGACGAAGAAGACUACAGGGAGAAUCGAAACCGUGUUCCCUGGCUCGCACUGUUGGCUUUUACCAAAGAAGAGCUGGAGCUAUCCAAUCCAGACCUCACUAUUUCCGAUGGCAUAUUUAACGAACCAGCCAAGCAAACAUCAACCUUUGCCGUGAACAUGCCCGCUUCUCAGAUCAAGUGUAUCAAAAGAACAGCGAUCCCACUUGCUUUAGACACAGAUAAAGACAUCAGCACGGACGUGAUCUUGCUCAAACGCGACCUUUUCACUUCAUUGUUUACAAAGUUCGAUAAAAUGGGAAAGGCAGUACCAAGUGCAGGACCGGACGUCCGUCCCUAUCGAUUCCUCGCACAUAGGCGGGAUGUCAACACCGAAGGGAUGGCGUACGCGGCGUUGACUGCCACUGAAGAUGACCAGAUGUCCUUUGGAGUGAUCUUUGCCCAUCGCUCAGGCCCGCUUUCCACGACCCAGCCAACUCAAUGCAUCGUACACUUGGUCUCCAUUCGCGGCGUCGAGGGGAUGCAGUGGCCAAUCCCUGACGAAUGCCAUUUUGUGGCCAUGUCUUCGCUGCAUAGCUGGAGCUACAGCUGCUACCCUGCAACAACACCGACUUUGUGGGAGCAAUUCGCACAUCUGGGGGCGACCUGUAACUUGCUGCGCUACAAUCCAACAGAGGGAGACGAGAACGAGAUUCGUGGUUUCCACGAAAAAGUAGGAAAUCGGGUUCUAGCUCGACUGAAAAACGGUUAUACCUUGACGCGUUAUCGAGUCAAGACGGGCGAGUCCACCGCAUGCUUCAUGAGAGGUGCCUUUGUCCCGGUAAAGGACAACCAGGGUGCUGAUACAUGGGAGAGACUCUCAAACAUCGGAAGCGAUUUACAGAUACUCGAUCAGCAGCUGGGCAUGAUGGAUAUUACUUACUCAGCUGCCUGGCAACUAGGACGAGCCCUUGCUAUUACAGAUCAGGGAUUCGUCGCCAGCCUUGGCCGUGUUCGCAAACAGAUCUAUGACCGUGGUAUGCAGUACGCCCAGUUGGAAGCGCUUUCCAGCCAAGGCGUGCGAACACGCUCACAGAUUAUUGCAGCCUUGCCAUCCAUGGUGAAGUCAUUGCGUCAACUAACUACCAGCCAGGCAUUAGUUGCUCCGGACUACCUGGCACGGUCUCGACGUUGGCACCGGCCAGCUGUCGAGCCGAUUGAUCUCUCAUAUAAGGGUCGGGUGGCAGCCAGAGGCGGGGGAAUCCGUCGAAAAACGCUGGAAUCUCAUUUUGAGAGAGCCGCACUGGAGGUAUCCGCGGCAUACGACGAAAAUUCACCAGGAACUCCACUGGAUGAGCCAUACAAUGAGUUCAAUACUCCUUUUUCAGCAGACUGGAUGGUUGUCCUGAGAUGGAUCCUUGACCGAAUGGUACUGUCCAACAUUCCCACCCAAUAUCUGGUAACAGACAGCAGCCACCUGCCACUGGAGAGUAUCCGGUUUUUCCAGAUUGACACGCAAUGGAUGAAUGCUCUGAUAGACGGGGCACUCAGCUUGGCGAAUUACCUCGACCAAGAAGAUGACUUGGUUCGGGAAGCUAUAUUCCACGCGCUCAACUGGUAUCGCAAGACUCCAAUUCGCGAGCUGGAGGACAUACCUCCUCCUUUUCCUGUGUUUGGCUUCUUGAUGAGAUCAGGGCUCGUGACAAGGUUCCCCGAUCUCAAGCUGGAAGUAUUCCGGGAUGAAACGCCAAUUGACGACCUCAUGCUUCUGCGUCACGAAAUCGUCAACCCGGAUACAAUGCUGUGCUUGUUCGCUCAGCCUCCAUCUGCGGAGUCCUUCAAUAAGAUUUGGUUGACUCAGCCUCCACAUCAGCAGACCUUCAUCUCAGGAGUAUGCCUUAAACCCAAAUCCAUUGUGAUGAGAUUCAGGAAGGCUUAUACCGAGUCCUAUGAGGGCGACGAUGUCACCGAAGAGAUUCUGAACCCUAGAUGGAGAAACCCUACAGCAGGGCUUGAUAUCGACCCCGAGGAUCCAGACGAAUGCCAUAGCGAGGACGAGGAUGUGGUGGAUGUGGAGGACAACGCGGCCUUCCUGUGGGACUAUCAGCCACCAUCCGGACCGAAAGUAGAAGCGCGUCGCCUCUUGAUGGAUAAUUUGGCCAAGUUCUACCUAGAAACUGCUCAGGAGAAGAUGGACUCCAGUAGAUUUUGCGAUACAUUUGCCACGUCGGCCUUGAUGGGAACGCAAAUGGAGUCAUUCACCUGGCGCUUGAAGAUCGAGCUCAAGGACGCUCUGCACCAGCAAGUCGAAGUCUCGCGUGGUCCUCGGUCUGCAAUUCCUCCAGCCCCGAGUUUGAGCACCGAUGAGCCUCAAACCACAACGCCAGUUGCCCCUGACCAAGCGGAGAAUCCCCAAUUUCGCUACGCCUUCCGCUCCACUGACACUCCAAAGGAGGAUAACAAUAUCACCAUGACUCGAGUAGCACAGGAUCUGGUUUUUAGCAUCAAUCAUACCGGCAGAGCACAGGCCUUUAAUCUGCAGAGCAUCACUAUAACCCUGCCGCUAGGAAGUCUAUACGAUGAACCUCCUUGUAUAAUGCCAUCUUACGAGGGUGCAGGUGCUUAUAUGCUCACCAACGUCCGCUUCAAUCCCUUGGUUUCCGUAGACACCGAGAAGCUAGUCAUUCGGCUUUUACCACGAACCAACCUAGGAUACGUCCCCGUCGCCAACUGCAAUGACCUCAGCUUCAUCCUUAGCGGCGUCUUCGUGAACAGGAUUUCUACGACUGCCCCUGUUCCCAUGAGGGGUACGGUUAAAGAGAAGUACCUCUCGCAAAACGAACCUGUGAACCCAAGUACUGAAUUGCCCACUCUGUUGAUGAAGCCGGACCUUAACGAUCCCGAUAAAUUAUCAAUGGCAGAUCUCAGGACGUCUUUCCUUCGGUCGGUAGCAAUGCGAUGAUUGUGCUAUGUUGCCCUGCGUUUGUUCUUGCUAGGCAGCGAGUUGUUUGCCGCUCUUUAUUAUUGAUAAUUUACGGCCCGGUCAUUCGAAAUAUCAUCUUUUCGUCACAGCUAGAUAUUUAUUCUUAUACUCAUUGAUCUAGGUUAUGAUAAUAAUAAAACUAAGUCUGCCUGGGUUAUUUUCUCGUUCCAUAGACUCGAACAUACAUGUAUACCUUGAUAAAUAUUGUUGAACUUUAAGCUGCAAAUUAGCCGGUCAAGAUGGACUCUUCUAUGUCUUCUGAGGCCAUGGUGACUCCCC